ACAGUUAAAGACUAAACUGUAAAAACAUUAUCUGGAAGAUUUGCCUAAUACCCUGCACUGCUCCUUUUAAAGACGCUCAGGUAAAGCAAAGAAAUGCAGGGUAGCCCCACUUUGUGUCUUGUUUACGGGGGCACAAGUCACGUGACACACAUGAGUAGUUCGCUACACACAUUUUGACAGCCGUAACCAAUACCCGACUCCUUGCAACGGGUGCACGGCCCAGCAGGUGUAUUCACGGUUGGUUUGCAAACUGAGCGAGUCUCCUUGUGGAGGAAGUGUAACCAUCCAUAUUUUUCAAAGCCUUUGCAGAAAAAGAGUUUUGAGAGUUCUUGUAUACGCACACUUCACAAAUGAAUCAGGAUAAGGAUCUAUGGGAGCUCGAGGACUGGUACCCACGUCUAUGUCCACCGGAGACCCUCAAGGAGGACCUACUCCGAGAUGAAGACUUCACAGAGGUGGACAAGGACGCUCGGGCGAAACUUGAUUCACCAAAAGACAGUUUCGAAAAACUUGUCCAGCACCUCACCAGUCAUCUGAGCUCCGAUCUACACAAGUUAAGAGCCAUUUUUGUCUGGAUGGGAGCUCAGAACAUAGGAUGUCGACAAGAGGGAGCCAGCUGCAAAUACAUCAACAGUCCAGAAUAUUACCUACAGGAGGCAACAAAAAACAAAAGGUUCAUUGGUAAAAUGUUCGCCAAGAUGUGCAGAGCUGCAAGAAUCCCAUGUGUUCUUGUGAACGGCAAGGCCAAAGGUGGAUCUUACCAACCAGGUGAUGUUGAUGUAAAAGGACAAUGUACCUGGGCAAUUGUUUACGUGGCAAACAGCUGGCGGUUCGUGUUUCCUCUCUGGGCAUUUUUAGCAGCAAGUGGUUACCAAAAGGAAAACUUGCUUUUGGUUGAGGAUUCUGGAAAGCCAACAAGAACAAGACUCACAGGAAGUGCUGGUACCACGAUGCCUAAAUUUGAUGAAUUGUACUUCCUGACUGACCCUGAGGUGAUGAAUUACAUCUGUCACCCACAUGAGCAAGAGAAGCAACUGUUACCUGAGCCAUGGACCAAAGAGAAGUUCUAUGAUUCGCCUUUUUUCUUGAGUUCUUAUUUCUCGUCUGCAUGGCAGCUAAUCAGUCCAUUGACAUCCGUGAUUAAAUCCACAUCUGGAUGGUGUUUGGUCGACUUGUUUAGUCCAGGAGGUGGAUGUAAACUGAAGUACACCAUGUUUUAUGACGGAGGUCGCUCGGGAAAAAAAUUUCCACAAAAGAUACAAACGGAUCGCUACGUAAUUAUAAUAAAACGGACUCAGCAGACGACGUCAUUUGUGGUCAGACUUCCGGUGGCUGGAACAUACAAAUUUGUAGUGACAGGAGAUCAUGGAGGUCAGACCGCGAGACUAGUGGCAUUUCAGAUCGUCUGUAAUCACAUGCCACUAGAGACACUGCCCUUCCCGUCCUACCCAGAAAACGGGUUUGGCUUUGGUGAGGCCGCUGCUGAAGCUGGUUUGUCAGAGCCUUCCCACACGGAAGGGUUUGCGCCGGUGAAAAAGGGUGACAAGAUCAGCAUCCGUUUCAAGGUUUCAAUGGACAGAUCCAUUUUGGCCAGACUGGUCCACUCCACCCUGACACCGGAAAAGCUUCGGGACAACGUCAUCGUGGAGCGAGAAGACUAUAACGCAAUGGUCAUUGCGACACUCCCGGCAGACGACCCAGAGCCAGAAUAUUCCCUGGAAGUCGAUAGUAUAAAAAUCAUGAAAGAAACAGAGGAAUCAAUUACAGAAUUGCCCAGUUAUCAUGCUCUAAAUUAUUUGCUUUCCAGCGAUAAAACACUGAGUGCAAUCAUCACGCACAAAAAGAAAAAUUUACAGUGCUAUGAAGAUGUAUGGAGUUCUAUCAUCAACGAUGAUUCACAGAGGUUAGAGGAAGUUGCCUCUAAGUUCGAGACAGCUGGUAUUACGAACCCAUUAUUAGAGAAAAGAAUACGAACCAAGAAAACAGGGUACAGACGUAUGGUACAGGAAAUGCUUGAUUGUAAAAGAGAAAUGAAUUUUGAGCGACUGAAUAGACUCCUCAGUCGCUGCAUUGCUUCAAACCUUCAAGACAAAGACAUCGAGGAAGGCAAGAAAGUACUAAUGUACUUGUGUCAGAAAGAAGUGGAAAAGGCUGUAAAAAGAAAAAAAUUGGAAGAACUUAAUGCGUGCAUCAAUAAAAUAAAGCACUCAUGUGUCGGGGAGGCGGCACAGCAGCAAGCUUGGUUCAAAGAGGCCGAGAAAGUAUUAUCGAAACUAGAAGUGAGCCAGCAAGCGAUGACGCAGUCCUUGAGGACUAAGGACGAUGUGAACGUUCGGAAACCUCCUGACCACGUCUUUGAUGUCAUCGUGGCAGCCUUUAUUUUGCUCGGCGAAAGAGAGGAUAAACUGGACACGUGGGAAAAGGUCGAUGCAAAACUGAGGAAAACGAAUGAAGAACAACUGUUGAACAAAGUAAGCAAUUUGAACAACUCUUCGCUGACUCGAGAACGGGUGGAUCUGGCGAAAAGAAGGAUGGAGCAGGCUGGUGGGACGUUUGCCGAAUACAGAACAAUAGAAACUCUGAAGAAACAGUGCAUGGAGAAGAUCACCUUUUACCGCACUAAAGGGAGUCUCAAAAGGAGGAACUUACUCCUUGCAGAAUAAAGAGCAUCAAGGGCGCAGAAAGAGGCUGUGACUUGUCUCCCCUACUCAUUACCAAAUGAUAAAUGGUUCGGUAAGAGACUGACUCAUAAUCACUUAAUAUAUUCAUUCACUUCAUUAUUUUCUUAUCCAUCUUUGAUUUGAGGACAAUAUCAGUGUUGUUGUUGGUCAGCUUGCUGUAAUCUGACAAUAUAGAAAUUAUUUUAAAUAAUGGCCACACCCUUUUAGGUUUAAAGUCGCUUCAGUGAAAGUAAUAUUUGUUUAUGUACUUGCUAGCAGAGAUGAGGUUCAGCUUCUUUCAAAUUGUUUUAAUAAUGCUGUGUAUGUUUCGCUUACAGAAAGAUCUAUUAUUUUAUUGAAAACAAUCAAUGUUGACAUAUUUUAAACAUCAUAGUGUUACAUUUUAUAACCCUGAAAAUAAAUUUAUAA